AUGUACAGGUUACUUCCAAGAUCAUAUAACAGCGCUUUGUCUAGGACUUUGUGUUCUAGCUCCAUUGCUCGCUCUACUUAUAAGACGUUAAGACCCACCGUUGCUGGCGACAGGCAGGAUGACUUUUUCAAUUCAUUGCAGUUUGGAGAAGCCUCUAAGUGGUCGAAACAUUCACUACCACGCAGUAGGAGGUUGAAGGACAAGAAUUCCAACGAGGAGAAAGACGUUUCUGCUGCUUCUGAAGAUAGUUCCAAACCAGCUUCAGUCACCUCCAAUUCUACAUCGUCUCCCAAACUAUCCACAUCCACAGCUACAUCCACAUUGACAACUUCGAACAACACUGUUCCACCUACACAGAAAACACAGAAGAAACGCCGUGCGUUGCGCCCCCGCAAGGCUUUGAUCACUCUAUCGCCAAGCGCAGUAUCACAUCUACGAGCAUUAUCAGAUCUACCCGAACCAAAGUUGACUAGAAUCGGUGUACGUAACAGAGGGUGCUCAGGACUCACCUACCACUUGGAAUACGUAUCCGAACCGGGUAAGUUUGAUGAGCUGGUGGAACAAGACGGUGUAAAAGUUCUGAUAGACUCUAAGGCUUUGUUUAGUAUUGUUGGGUCAGAGAUGGACUGGGUUGAUGACAAGCUCAGCUCCAAGUUUGUGUUUAAGAACCCCAAUUCCAAAGGAACUUGCGGAUGUGGGGAAUCGUUCAUGGUUUAG